AUGUGGGUAGUACUGGCAAGUGUGGCCCAGGCAUGCACGGUGGGCAGCGGCAUCGUCCAGCGCUUUCUUCAAGAGGGCGCCUGGGUAGUGGCGCCGUUGCGGUCGGCCGCCUCCAAGCGCAGGCUCACCGACCACCUUGAGGCCGCACCCACCGACAAGCUGCACACCCCUGUGGCCGACUGGAGCACCGAGGCGGGCGCAGCAGAACUGGCUAAGUUUGUGAAGGAGGCUGGGCUGCAGCUGGACCAUGUGGUGUCGGUCGCCGGCGGCAUGGCUCCGCCAGGAAACGUGGCCGACAUCACGCCCGCCCUGGUGCAAGAGGCAGUGACCACCAAAGUGGUUGGGCAUGUGCUCCUGGCCCAGGCGCUGCUGCCACUGAUGCGCCAGCAGGCCACCAGCAGCUGGACUGUCAUCACUGGAAUGCUGGGCGAGGUGUGCAUGAUGCCUGGAGUUGCGCUCACCUGCAUCUCCAACUCAGCAGUGUUCGGCCUUGUCAAGGUGCUGCAGUUUGAGAGCAAGGACUCGCCACUCCGUGUGAACGAGCUGCGGAUCGCAUCCAUCAUUCGCCGCGACAGCGAAGCACAGAACGAGGCCUUCCCCGGCGUCCCCGCGGCGCCCGCCAGCAAGGUGGGCGCCCUGCUGGCGGGCAUCGCCACCGGCCAGCAGCGGGAUGAGGUGAUCCGCGUGUCGGCGGAAGACCUGGACAAGGUGCCGGCGUUUGCGGGCUGA